AUGGGCAUUCGUGCUUUCCACUGCCGACGCCCGCCAAAGGUGGUGAAGCAACGGAAAGGUCCUGCGGUUCGCCGGCACGCACAUUCCAGAGCCUUGAGGCUGACCGGGAGGGUCUUGGUGGCAUCGCUGCCGCACAUCGCGGCUCCCUUGCGGGCAGCCUUGCCGAAGCUCUGGAAGCGCGGCCCGGGCCGGGGCAAAACCAGGCGGCGGGAUUCCGAACUGGAGACCGGAGACGACCGGACAGUGCUGUCCCUCUCCUCAGUUCGGGCGUGGUUAAGGUCCGCAGCAGCCGGAAAGGCUUUGAACCAAUGGGCAGAGCGAGCUUCGGAUUUGAUGCUUGGUCGUGCGCUUCGCCAGCUGAGUCGGAGUGCACCGCUGCGCUUGCGGAUGGGAUUCCGCUUCCAGGACCCAUCCCAGCACGGUGGCUGGGAGGUGAGCAACCUCAAAGGCUAUCGCGAGACACGGCUUGGGAGGAUGCCGCUGCGAGUUGCCAGCGUUGUGUCCUGGCAUUCCUAUUGGGCCGCCUUCCGUGUUCACGUGCAGAAGCACGAUUCGGAAGACAAGGUCAUCAUUGAUCGACAGCUCCUGACCAGGAAGCUGUCUACAGCUGUUGAGAAGCAGAGGCGAGGAGAAGCAAGGCAGCUUUCCAGCGGACGCUUUCACGUCACGGCACACAGCCGUCGACAGCAGGCGGUCGACAAACGGAAGCGCAUCAAGGUCGUUCGGAAGCAGGCCGACUUGCUGCCCGCUGUUGUCAUGAAGCCUGUGGCUUCUCCGACUUUGCCCCGAUACACCUUGAUCUUCCUGCACGGGAUGGGGGAAGUCGCGAUGAGAUAUGCCGACAGGCCCCACUACUUCCACGAUGGGAGCGCGGCUCUCAAGGUGCUCAUUCCAACGGCACCGCUGCGUGAGAUCAGCUGCUUCGACACCUGGUGGUCCAAGGUGAAGAGCCGGGAUGUGAAGGGAGGCCGUUGGAGAUUGGAGAAGUUCAACUCUUGGUACGACUACAUCAGCAACCGCGGUGGUCGCAAAGAGGAUGCCAUUGACAUCGACUCCUUGCACCGAACGCAAGAAUCACUUCAUGAGAUCAUCGCUCGCGAGGCAGAAGAGCUGGGCGGACGUACUGAUCGGAUUAUCCUGGGAGGCAAGUCGCAGGGGUGCGUAACAGCACUGGAUGCAGUGCUCACUUACCCGAAGAGGUUGGGCGGCUUCAUUGGCUUGGUGGGCCACCUGCUCUCCUGCACUCCUGUUGAAGAGAAUGGCCCGCAGAUCCAAACGCCGCUGCACUUCUACCACGAAGUUGAGGACGACAUCAUGCAGUGGCACUGGGUGUCGAAGAUGGAGCGACGCCUGCGAAGCUCCAACUACAAUGUGCGCUCCUUCCGAGGCAAAGAUCCUGAGGGCAACGGCCACUUUGUGGGAGGCGUCGAGGGCGCCUGGAUCAGGAAGUCGCUGAGGAUGAUCUGUGAAGCGCGGAGUGGCUAA